GAAUAUACCGAUACGCCGCAGGUGAACGUGUCGCUAUACGUGUGUACGUGUGUACAAUGUCACACGUUUGUCAAAUGUUACGCAACAUUCUCGAUACGAAGAUGCGAUAACGGACGAAUUCCAGUAGACGGUGUAAACAAGUGUAUGAGAGUGAACCUUUUUACUCGUUCGACGCGAAGAAUCAUGCGAUAGCGACUGUUUAACUUGCAUUUACAAAACGAUAAAAAAUCAAAAAUCAACGCGCCUAUUUUGACGAGCCUUUAAUUUCAACGAAACAAAUUUGUAGAAUAACUCAGCUUGUUUAGAAUAAUGUCACCCAGCGGGAUAUUGAGUAUACUUGAAGUUAAUGCUCUACCCACGGAACAGUUUGAAUGGCUUUUUGGAAACGUGAUCGAACACUGUCCGGAGGCGGCUGGAUGGGUGGCAACAAAACGGCCGUUUCUUUCGACGGAAUCGUUGCGAAAUGCCUUCGAUGAUUAUUUGGACAAGCUGAAGAACCACGAGAAGGAAAACGUACUGAUCAAGCAUCCAGAUUUGGCGGGUAAAUUGGCCGAGGAGGGAAAAUUGACCACCGAAUCACAGAACGAGCAAAAGUGUGCAGGACUCGACGAGAUGACGCGAGAAGAAAAACAAACGUUAGCGAAUCUCAAUGCCAUGUACAAAGAAAAAUUUCACUUUCCAUUUGUCAUAUGUGCCCGGGAAAAUAAAGUGGCAGCGAUUCUGAGCGGCAUAGAAAAUCGUUUGAACAAUUCUCCCGAGACGGAACUUGACGUCGGGAUUCAAGAAGUCAAAAAGAUAUGCAGGAUUCGCCUGCUAGACGUCGUCUGGUCGGAUGCUCGAUAAAUUUGUUAAAGUAAUUUGUUCACUUGUCUCAUACACAUGGACAAUUUUUACUUUUUCUGCUCGGAGAUAAUAUGCGGAUUGAAAAUCUUACAUACAUGUAACGUGAUUAAUUGAUAUUUAUUCUUAAGUAAUUGCGUAAGCCACUGUUCGACAAUUUGACGAAAUUUUUUAAUCAUGCAAACGAGGAUUCAUUCGUAAAUAUCGAAUAAAAAGAAAUGCACAGAUAUCGAAAAAAGUAUUCAUUAAUUGCCUUUGCCAUUGAGCACAAUAACAGAGUGCAAACUAUGAUAUUACAAGCUUAAAAAUAAGGAUCCAAUCGAUGUUUA